AUGAAAUUACCAUCCGAUAGAAACAAGAUUCAAAUCACCAGAAUGCUCUCUACUGCCGCUUCGGUUUUCAAGCAAACUGCCGACUCUUGGGCCACCAUUCAGCAGGUUACUGGCCUUCCUGAAGCUCUUUACGGAGUCGGGAAAACACUGCCUAUCUUGACUGAGUUUCUCAAGUCCUUGGAACCCUCCCUUAAGAUAAACGAGGAGGAGAAAGAGGCUAAGGAGAAGAAAAUUGCAGCUGCAGUUCAGUUUGCGAAGCUAUCUGAGCAACAGGCUCAGUAUUUCGAUGCUAUAUUGGAUGCUAUAAAAGCCGAAAGCCAAAUCCCCAAAGCAAAAAGGUACCGCAUCGCAGCAGUGAAACGCGGCGGGGAGCCGGUAGAGGCUAUUUUGAAGGAAAUGCUGCAACAAGCUAUAGAUUUGGCGACUAUGUUAUCAGUGGAUGAAAAAUUGAAAUCAUCGUUACAGGCUGCUUACGAUGAAGUGGCUGAACUGAAGCCGUCUUUGGAAGAAGACGAUGGGGCGCCCGUGUCCAUCAACAAUUGGGGAGAUGGCGUCCAGUUGUAUCAUGCUGGAGAGGGACACCAGAAUCACUGUACAGGAGGGAGCCAGUACAACGGGAAUGGUUAUACCUUUCACACAGCAUCGCCACCUAAGGGUUAG